CCCCAACUUCUCUUUCUCCCAAAAAAAAAAGGCCCCGUUAGAUGAUGCCGUGCGCGUCGGAUCAGACGAAUAGGACCCGCGAAAUGAUGAGCUUACUCCUCAAACCGCAGUCAACCCAUCAUGGACUCUAGAUCCGCAUCCGAAGUCGCCCACCCCUCGCCGGCGGGCAGCACCUCCGCUAGCACGCCCAAGGGGAAAUUGUUACUCCCCGCUAGCUGCGAGCCUCCGCUGCCGAACGCGCCGAGGAAGCAGCUCGUAUGGAUUGUCUUUGGCGGUACUGGCCAUAUGGGCCGCUCCCUGGUCAAAUGUGCGCUGGCGCGGGGCGAUUUGGUGACGGAUGUAGGGCGCACAUUUGAGAGCUCGCCUGAGGAGAUGUCGGGGCAGCAUGAGAAUUGUCUUGGCCUGUUAUGCGACGUGCGCGCGCGCCAGAGCGUAGCGCAAGUCGUUGAGCGGACGCUGGACCAUUUCGGUCGCAUCGACGUGGUGGCCAACUGCUCGGGAUACGGCGUCAUAGGGGCGUGCGAGGAUCAGGACGAGCAUGAGAUUCGGAACCAGUUCGAGACUAACUUCAUGGGCACUCUACACAUCAUCCAGGCCACUCUUCCUUACUUCCGCCAGCAGAACGGCGGGCGCUAUCUCAUCUUCAGCUCUACGAGCGGAGCCCUGGGUGUACCUGGACUAGGCCCCUACUGCGCGACCAAGUACGCGGUAGAAGGCCUGAUCGAAGCGAUGCUCUAUGAGAUCGACGCGUUCAACAUAAAGGCGACACUAGUAGAGCCGGGACUGGUACGGCGCGACGAGCCAGAUUCUGAGAUGAACCCACUGCCGACAUGGGGCCACUUCCUGAUCAAGCAGCCGAGCGAAGCAUACGGGCACUCGUCGUCGCCGGCGCUACACGCAAAGCGUAUGGUACAAUGGCUCGGGGACCGGCAGCCGACGAGCGCGGUCAAGUGCGCCGAGUUAGUAUGGCAGCUAGCGCAUUGUUCGUACCCGCCCCUGCGCCUCGUGCUCGGUAGCUACGCCAUCGAGAGCAUCCGGGACCGCCUUAGGUCCGUCACGGAGGAGCUCGAGGACUGGAAGCAUCUUAACUAUCCGGCGGCGCCCGAGGCCGAGGCCGCUUCUGCUUCUGCUUCGGCUUCUGCUUCGGCGGAGAAGAACGAGAAGGAUGACGAUACGGGGGAUUCGAAUGUUGAGAUGCAGGAUCCUGCUACUUAGUAGGUACCUAGUCUUGGGCUGGAAUAGGAUUAGGGGUUACGUGGACAUUUUACGUUGUCGCUGAGAGAAUAUCACGGGCUAGAAAAGCUCAAACACACUAUUUGGCAUGGGCGUGUUACUAUAUUGCUAGGUACUAAAUUAUAAAAGUUGUUUGAGGAUACCUAUCACUGCAUAUAAUAUUUUGUUUGUUAAUUUGAGUUCCAUUGUCUAAUAAAUGAGAGAGAGGUAAUGAAC